UCUGUGAUUAAAGUUAUGAUUUAGAUUCAUUGUUAGUGAACAAUACCUAUAUUGAAUCUGAUGAAGAUAUAUUGUGGAAAUAAAGAUUGGACGAAUCGUCUGAUAGAUUUUGGAAUAAUACAGCUAACAUUUUUAGUUUAGUAAACAACACAUUAUCAUAGUUCUAUAAAUAAGAGUGGGAAUAAAUAUCUAAUUUAUUCCUUGCCUUAAAAUUCACUCCAAGGAAAAUAUUUCAUCUAUAAAUUUUUCAUCGAUAAUGUAAGAAUCAUCCAUUAUUGUAAGAAACAUAGAUGGUGGCAUUUAUAUAGUUAGAAAUUGUAAGUAUUUACAUACAACAAAAUAUUUUUGCUUAAUCACUUUGAUAAACUAAUUUCUCAUUAUAGAAUGAUAAACAAAAGUGGCCCAUUAACAGUUCAAUAUUUAAUGUACAAGAUAUAAAUGUAGGUAUGUAAUGUAUAAACAUAGCUAAUAAGAAAUAAGAUUUAACAAUAGAAUUACUAGAAUUCUAUAAUUGGAGAUCAUUUAUUAUCUAUGUAAAAUAUAAUGGUUUAAAUAAAUGUAGAAAAUUUGAGAAUUGUAUCAUCAAAUCACAUUUUUAAAAAUGCGAUGUGAUGAUAUUUUACUUUGCUGUAGAUCUAUGAAACAAUCAUAUAAUUCCUAGAUCAAUAAGUGUUGCCGGC